AAGGGGCGGUGCGUGGGGCACGCGGACCGAGGCGACCGGCUGCCUUCCCAGGCCGGGUGGAGGCUGGCGCAUGUGGGCUCUCCGUUCGCUGCUGCUGCGGGCCGCGGCUGGGCGCAGCAUGUCGCAGGGACCCGCCCGCCGCCAGCGGCCGCCCAAGGACCCGCUGCGGCACCUGCGCACGCGGGAGAAGCGCGGCCCGUCGUGGGAGCCCGGGGGCCCGAACACCGUGUACCUGCAGGUGGUGGCGGCCGGCGGCCGGGAUGCAGGCUCCGCGCUCUAUGUCUUCUCCGAGUACAACCGGUAUCUCUUCAACUGUGGAGAAGGCGUCCAGCGACUCAUGCAGGAGCACAAGCUGAAGGUGGCUCGUUUGGACAACAUAUUCCUCACUCGGAUGCACUGGUGUAAUGUUGGGGGGUUGUGUGGAAUGAUUCUUACUUUAAAGGAAACCGGGCUUCCAAAGUGUGUACUUUCUGGACCUCCACAACUGGAGAACUACCUAGAAGCUAUCAAAAUAUUUUCUGGUCCAUUGAAAGGAAUAGACCUGGCUGUGCGGCCCCACUCUGCUCCAGAAUACAAGGAUGAGACCAUGACAGUUUUCCAGGUCCCCAUAUACAGUGAACAGAGGUGUGGAGGGCGCCAGCCAUCACCGAGUCCGGAACGGCUCAGUCCAGAGUGGUCUUCAGACCUUGGGUCGACUGAAAAUGAGCAGCACCUUCCAGAUGGUAAUGGUGUUAGCCGGAAAAUAGGUGGCCGGGACCCCUCCUUGGUGGUAGCUUUUGUCUGUAAGCUUCACUUGAAGAAAGGAAACUUCUUGGUGCUCAAAGCAAAGGAGCUGGGCCUCCCAGUUGGGACAGCUGCCAUUGCUCCCAUCAUUGCUGCUGUCAAGGACGGGAAAAGUGUCACUUACGAGGGCAGAGAGAUUUUGCCUGAAGAGAUCUGUACUCCUCCAGAUCCUGGUCUUGCUUUUGUUGUGGUAGAAUGUCCAGACGAAGGAUUCGUUCAACCCAUCUGUGAGAAUGCCACCUUCAAGAGGUACCAAGGAAAGGCCGACGCCCCUGUGGCCCUGGUGGUUCACAUGGCCCCAGAGUGUGUGCUUGCGGACAGCAGAUACCAGCAGUGGAUGGAGAGGUUUGGGCCUGACACCCAGCACCUGAUCCUGAAUGAGACUUGUGCAUCGGUUCACAACCUCCGCAGCCACAAGAUUCAAACGCAGCUCAACCUCAUCCACCCCGGCAUCUUCCCCCAGCUCGCCACUUUCCCCUGUAAGGAAGAAGGUGCCAGCUUCAGUGUGCCCACGGUCCGGGGUGAAUGCCUCCUCAAGUACCAGCUCCGUCCCCGGCGGGAGUGGCAGAGGGAUGCCAUUGUUACUUGCAAUCCUGAUGAAUUCAUAGCCGAGGCUCUGGAGCUCCCCAAUUUCCAGGAGAGUGUGCAGGAAUAUAGGAAGACUGCACAAGACAGCCCAGCCCCAGCAGAGACAAGAAGCCAGUAUCCAGAAAUCAUCUUCCUUGGAACAGGGUCUGCCAUCCCGAUGAAGAUUCGCAACGUCAGCUCCACACUUGUCAACAUAAGCUCUGACAAGUCCCUGCUCCUGGACUGUGGCGAAGGCACGUUUGGGCAGCUGUGCCGUCACUACGGCGAUGACGUGGACAGGGUCCUGGGCACCCUGGCCGCCGUGUUUGUGUCCCACCUGCACGCGGAUCACCACACGGGCCUGUUACAUAUCCUGCUGCAGAGAGAACGAGCUCUGGCUUCUCUGGGAAAGCCCUUUCACCCUUUGCUGGUGGUCGCCCCGACCCAGCUCAAGGCCUGGUUCCAGAAGUACCACAACCAGUGCCAGCAAAUUCUACAUCACGUCAGUAUGAUUCCUGCCAAAUGCCUUCAGAAAGGAGCUGAGGCCUCCAGCCCCGAAGUUGAAAGGUUGAUUAGUUUGCUGCUGGGAGCGUGUGAUUUGGAAAAGUUUCAGACCUGCCUGGUCCGGCACUGUAAGCAUGCUUUUGGCUGUGCACUGGUCCACACGUCCGGCUGGAAGGUGGUCUAUUCGGGGGACACCAUGCCCUGCGAGGCUCUGGUACAGAUGGGGAAAAACGCCACCCUCCUGAUACACGAGGCCACGCUGGAAGAUGGUCUGGAAGAGGAAGCCAUGGAAAAGACCCAUAGCACAACCUCCCAGGCGAUCGGUGUGGGGAUGCGGAUGAAUGCGGAGUUCAUCAUGCUGAACCACUUCAGCCAGCGCUAUGCCAAGAUCCCCCUCUUCAGCCCCGAUUUCAAUGAGAAAGUUGGAAUUGCCUUUGACCACAUGAAGGUCUGCUUCGGAGACUUCCCAACCGUGCCCAAGCUGACUGCCCCGCUGAAAGCCCUGUUUGCCGGCGACAUCGAGGAGAUGGAGGAGCGCAGGGAGAAGCGGGAGCUGCGGCUGGUGCGGGCGGCCCUCCUCUCCAGGGAGCCGGCGGGCGGCCCUCAGGACACCGAGCCCCAGCAGAAACGGGCCCACGCGGAGGAGCCUCAGAACCCACGGAGCAAGAAGGUCAGGGCAAACUGAAGGUCGGGAGCGACCCUGAACUCGAAGGCUCACGUCCUCGGCCCUGUGCACGGCGUGGUGUCCUCUCCUUCCUGGUGGGAGCCAGAGGGCACGGUUCACAGUGAGGCCCGCGGGAAGAGGUGGGGAGAAGCCAAGCCUGGGCUUGGGCCCUGCGUAAUGACUGGCCUGCUUGACGCCUCCUACAACCUGUGCUGGCAAAGCCUCGAGACAGGAGGCUGCCGAAAGGAAGAAAGCAGGGACAGCUGGAAUUGAGUGCCACUUAAAGAAGUCACAUGGAAAAACAGUGCGCCCACGCCUGCUCAGCCCAGUUCUUCCCUCUGCACACCAGAGAUAAGCCAACUCACAUGGAACGUUGGAUUGUGGACGUGAAGUCUAAGUGUCCAAGACUCAAGGAAUAGUAUUUCCAAAGACACAGAACACAAUAAAGAUUCCAUUUGGAACCCGA